AAAACAAAAUUUUUAUUUCAUAUUAUCUAAAAAACUAAAUAACCUAAUUUCAAAUUUAAUUAUAAAAUAAUAAAAAAUGCAAAGAGCUACUUUUGCUGCUGGAUGUUUUUGGAGUGUCGAGUUAUUAUUUCAAAGAGUUAAGGGUGUCGUAAAAACAAGAGUUGGCUAUUGCAACGGCCAAGUAGAAAAUCCAACAUAUAGAGAUGUUUGCAGUGGUAAAACUGGACAUGCAGAAGCAGUCGAUUUAGAAUUUGAUCCAAAAGAGGUAAGUUAUAAAGAGUUAUUACAAUUAUUCUGGGGUAAACACGACCCAACCACAUUAAAUCGUCAAGGAAAUGACCAUGGCUCACAAUAUCGUUCCGGCAUCUAUUAUCAUAGUGAAGAACAAAAAAAAGAGGCUACCGAAAGCAAAGAAGAGGAACAAAAGAAAUAUAAAGUACCAAUCGUUACAGAAAUUUUACCAGCUGGUCAUUUCUAUCCAGCUGAGGAAUACCAUCAACGUUAUUUAGAAAAAGGUGGUCAAUGUUCUUCUAAGGGCUGCAAUGAUAAAAUUAGAUGUUAUGGGUAAUGAAAUAAACAAUUAUUCAUAUUUUUUUUGGUAAUAAAUAAAUUUAAAUAAACAAAUUUAAAUAAACAAAUUUUAUUUUUU